UGUGCAGAGGAGUGAAUGGCCCAUGUUGUGUUAGUGCCUGUCUGCCAUGCUGGCCUGUCUGCCAGGACCAGGUGACCUCUCCUUUCAGCUUCUUUCUUACACGCAGAUGAACACUGGACUUCAGAAAUGGGACACUACACAGAAAAUGAGAUCUGCACAGUAUCCUACCCCAGCAGAAUUGGAUGCUUAUGCUAAGAAGGUCGCCAACAAUCCACUGACUAUAAAAAUCUUCCCAAACAGUGUCAAGGUUCCCCAGAGGAAACACCUUCGCCGUACUGUGAACGGACUCGAUACUUCGGGCCAGAGGUACAGCCCGUACCCGUCGCAGGCCGCCACCAAGACAGGCCUGCUGGCGAUAGUCAAGUCCCCAGCGAAAGGCGUCGUCAAAGACUUCGACGGGACGCGCACGCGCCUGCUGCCCGAGGCCAUGAUGAACCCCCCGUCCGCCCCGUACGUUGCACCUAGCACUUUAAGCCACCCCCAGGCGCUUGCUCGCCAGCAGGCCCUGCAGCAUGCACAGACUUUGCCGCACGCCCAGCCUCUCCCCCAGCCUUUGCAGCACCCUCAGGGGAUACCACAGCCACCAAGCUUACCGCACCACCCUCAGGGGAUCCCGCACCCGCAGAGCAUGCAGCAGCCGCAGGGCUUGCAGCAUCCUCCGGCCAUGGCACACCAGAGCCUGCAGCACCCCCCGACCCCUUUGCUGCAGCCGGGUUUACAUGGGAGCAGAAAGCUGCCGGAUGCAGACGCGCCGCCGAAUGUGACCGUGUCUACCUCAACCAUUCCCCUCUCUAUGGCUGCCACCCUGCAGCAGAACCAGCCACCGGACCUGAGCAGCAUCGUGCACCAGAUUAACCAGUUCUGCCAGGCCAGAGCUGGCAUUAGCACUACCUCAGUGUGUGAGGGACAGAUUGCAAACCCCAGUCCUAUAAGUCGCAACCUGCUUAUCAAUGCAAGUACCAGGGUAUCUACUCACAAUGUCCCUACACCCAUGCCUUCCUGUGUAGUAAACCCUGUCGACCAUGCUGCUGCUGCUAUUCCUUCUGCCUCUGUUAAUGUGCCCAUGGUGAAUAUUAACAGGGUGCCGCCUGCGUACCAGAGCGAGAUCAAAUCGGUCGCGUGGAACCAGCACCAGCUUGCACAUCUGCAGCAAAUGUGCGGGGAUGCUGCUGGGCCGGUUGGACUCGCAGGGAAGCACCCUCCGAGAGAGAUUGCAGGGCAGAGUUUUCCAGGCAAAACAAACUACCCUCAAGAACUGUGCAUGGGCCAGUCGUUCAACUUGAAGCCCCCCAUUGAGAAGCCUACGCCUUCUCCACCUGUGAACGGGUUGCAGGGACCCUUGCCAUAUACUAACGGGCACUAUUUCCAGCCCAUCUGGAAUAACAUUCUGCCCACUCCCAACAGUGACAGCUCGGGGUCCCAGGACCUUGCCAUGCCUUUCCACGGUGGACAGCCGACGGGAGCGCCGCUCGAUUGUGCAGGGGGAACUCAUUACAGAGCUGGAGCGGGGCCGGCCAGCCAGAACAACGUGAUGCAGACCAUGGAUUACCUAAGCGGGGACUUCCAGCAGUCUUGCUUCAGAGAUCAGAGCAUGGCCGUGCUGGGAAAAGUCCAUCGGCCUCCCAUGAACCGAGCUCCCGAACCAACCGAUAGUCGAAAUCUUCAUAUUCAACACCCAGGGUAUAGAUAGGCUGCAGUCACUUUCACAGACAAAAUUAGAGGUUUAGUCUUAAUUUUAAUUAAUAAGCAAGGCGUUUUUAACUUGCAAACUUGUGUGAUCAUUAUAAUAGCACCCAUUGGAAGACGACAUACUGUAUAUUUAAGAGCUUUGCUUACGUGUUACCUAUCUCCUUAAUGCAUCAGAUAUUUAACAUGCCUUUUGUUUUGAAGAAUUUCAUCACACUACUUGGCACCCCGGCCGUGUCCUCACCGCAGAACCCCCUUUGUGCAGCUUUGGCCUUCUGCUUAGUAACUGCUUGCUUCACUGAUGCUCCAUUGCUGCAGGGUUUCACCGGUGCAGCUGUUCGCCAGCUCCUCCAAGAGCUGCCCGGUAGCCCGGCUGCUUAAAUUUCCAUCUCCAUUUCCUCGGAAGAUUAAGAGCAGCAGAAUUUGUCAGGAAGCGGGGCUUAUUUUCGACUCCAAAGCCCAUUUCAUUAAUGCAUUAAACAUUGACCAUUUGCACUGUCUAGAGGCCUAUUUAAUUGAACAAAAAAAAAAAAAAAAA